AUUCCCUUCAAAGAACAGUUUCACAGCUAGCGGGCUGUGAAGACAGUGCUUGAGCCAUAAAAACUUGGCCCAGGGCCAGUAUUCGUGAUCGUUCAAGUGCAGGGCGUUCCUAAAUCUGACAAUCAAAACGCAUGGCCGCCGUAAAAUUCUCAAUUGUGACAGGUCUCGGGCGAUGAAGCGUCGGAGUGGAGGCCAAGCACGCAGACGAUAUCUUGAAGCAGCUUGGCUCCCGUACCGUUUAUUUAGCUAUUUAGUUAGUGAAUAUUAAAUAGUAGCACUUACGAUGUAAUGUAAUUAAAGUUGGUGGAUGCGACUGAUCCUGAAACCACGUCCCGCAAAACCUUCCCCACCAUCAAACCUCACAACACUUAGAAUCAAUGCAAUCAGACGUCGGUAUUUGCCAGCUUAACAUCUCCUGGUAUAGCCAGGGAAUUCUGCAUACUCGAAGAUCGCAAUAAGACCCUGCGCCUUUCUACAGUCACUCGGGGCUGCUGCCAAGUCGCCAGACCAACGACUGUCUCGGAACUGUCAACCUUUCGUCAGCAUCACCACUGCCACUGUAACCUUAAAUAGAUAAGCAACGUAUAUUUCCAGCUCUUUGGCUUUCAGGUCCAGCCUCCUAUCCAACCUGCACACAUCAUCCUUAAUUACUUAAAACACUACUUGUCUCCUUACCGUUUGCUGAGACUCUUCUUCUAUUAGCCAUCGACCUAACGUUGUACUGCAUGACUACGCAUUUCCCAGCGCCGCAAGCCUGUGAAACCUCGAACGCCCGCAUUGAACGCAGAUAAGAAGGACGUUUUUAUUCCACUUCUGCAGACUUGGCUCCUCGUGCAGGACUCCAUGACUAUAUCUCUUCUCUCCCGUCGCUCAGCUACCCUCGUUUGGAUAGAGAAAAGGGAAACACGUGCUUAGGUCUCAUGUCGACUGCAUCCUCCCGUUCUCGCGGCUUUGGUCGACGAUUAGAUAGCGACAGUGGUCCAGGCCUAGGUCGCCGUUCUCGGAAUGUUUCCAUUUCUCGAAAGAGGCCUGUCAGCCACAAUGACGCCUACAUAUAUGCCCUUCGAGCUGCAUAUCUCGCCUACCUUCUCCAACCAAGGGCACGUCGCACCCAGAGCGUUCCAGUUCCCCGCCAGCGAGCUCACAAAUCAUCAGCUUCCAUAAUAGCCGAUCUAAACUUCGUCAAAGAUAACAAGAGCACGAGGCUACCUCAUGGGUUUAUCGGCCGGCUCGAAAAUCGAGUAACGGGAGUGUUUAAAGGGAUCGAAAAAGAGAAAGCUUACCAGGAUGAGGCUGUCAGGAGGACUUUUGCGGCAUUUCUAAAUCAGUUGAGGGAGCCAGGUUUUAACAAGAAUAUGAGAGAGGACAGACGGGCAGAACCCCUGGUUUUAAUCUUCGUUACCCAUGCUACAAAAGAGCUCUCCAAAGGUCAGGCACAAGAUGAUAUCAGCUGGAAGCUUAUGGUUGAUAGGCAUGUGGCUCUAUUCGUGAGGAUCAUCAGUUUGGUCCUCAAAGACCAGGGUUGGGAUAAGGAUAGGCCUGAGCUGGCUAGCCAACUUUCCACUCUGGAAACCAAAUUGCUUGCACAUGAUCAGAACCUUGCGGAGGCAUCCCCAAAGGAUGGAAACGUAAUUACCGAACUCGUGCCCCUGACUUACAAGGUCGAAGACAUGCCAUUAGUCCAAUUUGUGGCGAAAGUGUUUGGACUCAGGAAUUCGUAUGUGCAGUCAGAUAUAAACAAGUAUAAAGAUGUGUGGACAGCGACGGCGGCCCUACAAGACCUUAAAACAUACCAGGUGCAACUCAACCUGAAUACCAGGAAGACUCUGUCUAAUGAAGACUUCGACUCAACCGAAGCUUUUGAAGCGUGGAAGAAAGCCGAGGCUGGCGAACUCUCCCGGAUGAUGUUCUCUAUAAUGCAGUCAAACCCCGAUACCAAAACAAGUCUGCCUGGUAGCACACUUCCUCAUCUCAAUACCAGAUCUAGCGACCCCCAUGCAAUAGAUAUUGGUUAUUCCGACACCUCGGACAUUUCUUCAAUAGAUGCUGCUUCUUUGUCACAGCCCGAUGCGUCUCAUGAUUACGCUGAUAACUCUAAUAUUUACACCUUCAUUCCCCCGGAUCCUAGGUCGUUUUACCGUUUUAUACUCCUUCAAGUGGUAAACCACGAGCUACAGGAAAGACAGACCAACGCAUCAGACGCGACAUCAGACUCACCAGCUACGGCUCUCCUUUCAAAACAAGCUACGGAUCUACUCAACGAAAUAGGCCUUCGCUGGCGAAUACCAACAUCCAGUCGUGCUGUAUUGCUCCUUGAUGUUUUCCGGGAGAAAUAUGUGGAGCAGGAGAUUGACCUUGACACAUUGGAUUCGGCAUUCAUUCUUGUGAACCAACCACCGUCGGAGAAAUCGAAACGUAGCAGUAGUCUAAUCGUCUCCUUGCUCUCAAAUAGGGAGAAUUGGACGCUGGCUGAUUUUGGUGUAAUGACACACCUGCUUGCCUCUCUCCACGAAGCGCUCCUUCGACAUCUCUAUGAGACGAUGAUGCACUGCUUUGACACCAAAGUUCCCCCUAUAGGUUCAGUGAUGUACAUCCUUGAAAACUAUGUCGAAGCUGACCCCAAUUUUAUAUCUAAACCAGACGACGUUGAGAAUUUUCGUUCUUAUGUAUAUGAUGGACUAGUUGACAAGGCAAAAGAAGUAUAUCAAGAACAUCUCAACAAGGAAAUACCCCCAGAACAGGAUGUGUGGGAGUUUUAUCAUGUAAUUCAACUUGGGAAAGGAAUUUUGAAGCUUUGCCAACGAAUACAGAAGAGAUAUAAGAAGAACCCGGAAAUCAUGGGCGUCAAUCCCGCAACUAUCCUGUCCAAAUGCGUUCUUCCUAUGUUCGCAGAGGACGCACGCGAUAUCAUAACUAGGAUUAUACAGCAAGCCCAAGAUAAAAACGAGGAGAUUGGCGUCCAGGAUGGCUUUGAUUUGUACAAAGAAUUGGCACAAAUCCGCCAAUUUUAUACAACAACACUCCCUGGUGAACCUUUUCCCAUCCCAAUCGAGGAACUUCUGUCCAACUUCGUUUGGCGCUGGAUACAAGCUACUGAUGAGAAGAUCGUGGAUUGGGUCAAUCAAGCUAUCAAACAAGAUGACUUCAAAGUCCGCACUGAAUCACCGACUGACAUACCGACACAAGAGCAACGACGCAGCUUAUCCGUCGUAGAUGUUUUCCGGUCUUUUAAUGAAGUGAUUAAUCAAAUUGUGCAGCUGAAUUGGGAUGACGAUGUGGGAUAUGCUAAGUUCAUGACGGCCAUUUCGAAAUCAAUCGGAAGAGGCAUUGCGAGAUACUGCGAAGUUCUUGAACAACAAUUUAGUAGGGAAAUGGAUCGCCUUACCCCUGAACAAGAAGCAUCCUUGUCGCAAUCACGACAAGAGAAGUGGAUGCAGAUGGCCAAGGAGGCGUGGAAUAAUAAAGAAAAAAUUGAACCGUUUCAGUUCUUCCCCCAGUCCUUUGUAAAGCUGAAUAAUAUCGAAUAUGCCCUCCAUCAGUUGGAUAAGCUUGAAAAGGACAUAAAUGUUGAUGCUUGCGCGGAUGUGCUUGCAAAACAUACGCCCCCUACUUUACAACGGCCAAGGAAGAUCACCAACUAUGUUUUCACAGUCAAAAUCGUCGAGGCAGAAGACCUGAAGGGAUGUGACAUGGAUGGACUUAGUGAUCCUUACGUUUCCUUGGCCGAUGAGUCCCAGCGUAUCUUCAAGACUCGUAUUGUCUAUGACAAUCUUAACCCCCGGUGGGACGAUACGGUAGACAUCGUUACAAAGGGACCGCAGAACAUCAUUGCAACAGUCUGGGACUGGGACGCUGUGGGGAGCCACGAUUAUAUGGGACGCACUUCUCUCAAGCUUGAUCCUGCUCACUUUUCAGACUUUGUCCCAAGGGAAUACUGGCUAGACUUGGACACGCAAGGCCGAAUCUUGCUUCGUGUGAGUAUGGAAGGCGAACGCGAUGAUAUCCAGUUUUAUUUUGGCAAGGCCUUUCGUACUCUGAAACGUACAGAACGAGAGAUGACCCGGAAAACAACGGAAAAGCUUUCCGCUUAUAUCAACCAUUGUCUCUCUCGUCGUGCUCUCAAAGCGUUGCUGUCGAAAGGAAUCACUAUGUCCACUGUUUCCAGCUAUUUUAAUCGGAACAAAGCAGCGACCGCUUCAGGUCCGACUCAGGCGGAAAUCGAGGGCGCGUUAGACACACUGUUCACAUAUUUCGACGACAACUUUUCCAUAAUGAACCAAACACUGACAGAAGAAGCCAUGAGAAAGGUCAUGGCUCGGUUAUGGAAAGAAGUACUGGUUACUGUGGAAGCUCUUUUAGUUCCUCCACUUUCUGACAAACCUUCCAAUCAACGACCGCUCACUCAGCAAGAAGUCGACGUCGUAUCCCGUUGGCUCCUCUUGCUCCUCAACUUCUUCAACGCCGUCGACGAAGAAACCGGCGAAGCAAACGGCGUACCCUUAGAUAUCCUCAAAUCACCGAAAUACCACGAAAUCCAAAGCCUCUUCUUCUUCUACUUUGAACCAACCGAUAAUUUAAUUCGAACGUCAGAACGCAUGGCCUCCGCGACCGCAGCGCGUCAGCAGACCAACCGAAACCGACUCUCCGCCACAUCUUCAUCGCUCAGCCCAUACUCUGCCAUUGGUGGUGCGGCUGGUAUCCCCUCUGCUCGCCGGGGCAAAAGUAUUAUGCUGUCCCGUAACCUGGGCACUAUGAGGAAAGCCAAGGAGGAAAAAUGGCGAGAGGCACAAGCGGAACCGAACGAUGAUAUGAUCCUUCGCAUCCUGCGCAUGCGACCGGAGGCGUACCCGUAUAUCCGUGAUCGCAGUCGACAGAAAGAGAGGUUGGCGACGGCGGCUGCUGCUGAUUUAAUCGUUCAACAGAGCUUAAUGGCUGGCAGUGGGGGGAGAAUGGUUGGAACACUGCCGCGAAGGUAAAAUCAUGUUUAUCGAACUAUUAUCUCUAGGAGAUAGGAAAUGACUUGUGUUUACGAAUGGAUUCCCCUUUAUUUAUUUUCACGGCUGCGUUAUUUUAGAAGGGAUGGAUAUGGACAGGUCGGGUUAUAUGUUUGGCGUGUGGGAAACUUAAGCGUUAAUUGAUGUUCGUUUCCUUUCCCCCUUAUCUUUUUGCGUUUUUCUUUGCCUGUUACUUCGUUUAGCUUUUUUGCGUUAUUUCCGACUCACAGCUCAAGACCAAUCUUAUAUUAUAGCUUCAAUUUCCCUUCUUACAAUUCUCUAGCAAAGUUCAUAUCAUCAUCGUUCAACCCAUCUUCUGGGGAUGCCACAUACCUCUCAUUUUUCGACUUGUAUUCCCGAACCCGAAAAUUCCCUUCUCUAUUCUAUCAGUCCUGCUUUGCCGUUUUUUAUGAUGCCUUAAUGUUCCACCCAACCAUCCCCUCUCUUGCUAUGUUUCAUGACUGUUUUCAGGCUUGAAAGACGAUUCCAAGGCUAAAAUGCGCCCUUUCGUUAUCAUGUUAGUAAUAUGUUAUUCCGUGGGUUGACAAAAAAGGAACGGGCUGAGGAGUGGAUAACUUCUGAUGUGAUAUUUGUUUUUACACUUUUCGCUUGCAGGUCAUACAAAGUUAAAGCGCUCUAAAUCACAUGAGAAAAAUGAAAAAUGGAAUGAUUUCCGCUAACUACUGCAAGUUAGUAAUUAAUUUUUAUUGCGGACAAGCAUCAAAUGCUUGCGUAGCCCCCUCUACCACUUCCACCCUCCCCCC